ACCACACGUCGCGCUUGCUUGGAAGAGUCUACCCGACACACAUGGAGCUAUAGUGGUGUUUAGGGUCCUGUGUAUAAUAGUGGCGGCAGAAGAAACUGGACCCUUCAGUCCACUGCAGCACGGGGAGUUAGAAGACGAAUCCAUUUGAGUAAUCAUGUCGUGGCUCUUCGGCUGGGGAAGGGGGCCCAGCAAACCCCCGACAGAUGAAGCAGAGACCCCUGAAGGAGAAGGGGGAUCUUCUGAUAAAUCGUUCGGAGAGAAGCCCAAGGACAAAUGGAGUAACUUCGACCCGACCGGGCUUGAACGAGCAGCAAAAUCUGCGAGGGAACUUGACAGAUCACGCCAUGCGAAAGAGGCGCUUGAUCUGGCUCGCAUGCAGGAGCAAUCGGUACAGCUGGAGCAUCAGAGUAAAGUGAAGGAACAUGAAGCAGCCUUGGAGCAGCUGAAGGGGGAACAGAUCCGUCUCCAGGCCGAGGAAAGGCGGAAAACACUGACAGAGGAGACCAAGCAAAAUCAAGCGAGGGCACAGUAUCAAGACAAACUUGCCAGACAGAGAUAUGAUGAUCAAGUCAGGCAGCAGCAAGCCCUCAAUGAGGAGAACUUGCGCAAGCAAGAGGAAUCAGUAACAAAGCAGGAGGCUAUGCGAAAAGCCACUAUUGAACAUGAAAUGGCUUUGCGGCACAAGAACGAAUUGCUUCGUGUAGAGGCAGAGUCUGCAGCUCGUGCCAAGGUAGAGCGGGAGAAUGCGGACCUCAUCCGUGAACAGAUCCGCCUUAAAGCAGCCGAACACAGGCAGACGGUCCUGGAAUCCAUCAGGACUGCAGGAGCAGUCUUUGGGGAAGGGUUCCAUGCCUUUGUGUCCGACUGGGAUAAACUCACUGCCACGGUGGCUGGGUUCACACUGCUGGCAGUGGGGGUGUAUUCAGCGCGGAACGCCACCGGGGUGAUUGGGCGCUACAUAGAGGCUCGUCUGGGAAAGCCUUCGCUGGUUCGAGAGACCUCCAGAAUCACUGUUGCCGAGGCCAUCAAACACCCUGUUAAGACAACGAAGCGUCUGAGAAGUAGACCACAGGAUGCUCUGGAGGGAGUAGUUCUUAGUCCAUCCCUGGAGGAGCGUGUGCGGGACAUUGCCAUUGCGACUCGUAACACUCGACAGAAUAAGGGGCUCUAUAGAAACAUCCUUAUGUAUGGACCCCCUGGGACUGGCAAGACCCUCUUUGCCAAGAAACUGGCCCUCCAUUCUGGGAUGGAUUAUGCCAUCAUGACAGGUGGAGAUGUAGCCCCUAUGGGCCGUGACGGCGUGACGGCCAUGCACAAGGUCUUUGACUGGGCCAGUACAAGCCAGCGCGGCCUCCUGCUUUUUGUAGAUGAAGCAGAUGCAUUCCUACGCAAGAGAUCCACAGAGACAAUCAGUGAGGACCUCAGAUCCACCCUUAACGCAUUCCUUUAUCGCACUGGCGAGCAGAGCAACAAGUUUAUGCUAGUGUUGGCCAGUAACCAGCCUGAGCAGUUUGACUGGGCCAUCAACGACCGUAUUGAUGAGAUUGUAAACUUUGCCUUGCCUGGGCUGGAGGAGAGGGAGAGACUGGUGCGCCUGUACUUUGACAGAUUUGUACUGGAGCCUGCCACAUUAGGGAGACAGAGAAUGAAGUUGGCCCAGUUUGACUAUGGCCAGAAGUGUUCGAACAUUGCAAUUCGUGCAGAGGGCAUGUCGGGCCGUGAGAUCUCUAAACUGGGUGUGGCCUGGCAGGCUGCUGCAUACUCCUCAGAAGACGGCGUCUUGACAGAAGCUAUGAUCGAUGCACGUGUUGACGACGCUGUCCAUCAGCAUGCGCAAAAAAUGGACUGGCUCCACAUGGAAAGGGGCGCGGAAAGUGCAGGUAAGCACGGGGUGGUGGUGCCAAAGGAGGCGGCAGCAGCGAGUGUAAUAGGAUUCACACUGGUGCAAGAGGCUGUACCACAGGCCCUGGAUUCAGUCCCCACCAUCCAAGUGGUGCUCCCUGUCAUGGAGGCCAUCAUCUCGAACGCUCAGGCCGCAGCGGAAGCUGAGCCAGUGAAGGUUAACGAGGCAGCUGCCAUUAUUGAGGAGGCAGUUACCCUAGUUAACGAGGCAGAGGGUGUUACCCCCAUUGUCACUGAGACUGUUGCAGCAUUUCCAGCACUCAAGGAGGCAGAAGUGGUGGAGGAUCCUGUGGAAACUGCUACUGCUAUACCAUUGGUGCAGGAGGUAGAAAUAAUCAAGGAUGUGCCCGAAAAGGCUACAGCAUCUCUUGUUCCAGAGACUGUAGCAGUGCCUAAGGUAGAGGUCUAUGUGACAGCAGAGGUGUCUGUACCCAAGGACACAGAAGCAGAGGUACUUGUAGACACAGCCCCUAUCAUUAAAGAAGAACCAGCUCCAACUAAAACCACCCAAGAGUUGGAUGCUGCAGAAGCAGUCAAGUAUUCAGAAGCCAUUGUAGUAGAGUCGGAGGCCACAGCAGUUCCUGUUGCCCAGGAGACAGAGGCCGCGGCCACCCCCGUUGUCGCGGGGGCUGCGGCCACCCCCGUUGUCGCGGAGGCCUCUGAUUCUGAAACUAAGACCACAGCAACCUCUGUUGCCCAGGAAACUGAGACCCCUGUAACCAAGGAGACAGAGGCCACAGUAACCCAUGUAGCCCAGAACACAGAGGCCACUACAGCAAAGGUUGACACAGAAACUGCAGCUGAGGUCCCUGCAACGGUUGUGGCCAAGGAAUCUGAGGCGACUGAAACUACAGUUGCCAAGGAAGCAGUGGACCCUGAAAUCCCUGUCACCCCCGAGGCAGAUGCUAGUAAAGUUAAAACACCUCAAGUAAAGGACCAGGAAGGUUGACGACUUAACCAAACCAAAAGACCCUCCUAAAAAAAUUGAAUAAAUGGUGAUGCUACUGAAACACUUUGGUAGGGAGCAAGUAGGUUAAAUAUUUUGAAGCAAAAAUAUGUACUGUACUGAAUAAUGGGUAUUUUGUCGUGAUUAAACGGCUAUUGAUCAUUCUA